AUGCUUUGUAUUUUCUAUUCAUUCUAUGUCAAGAACGAGAAUAUAGCUUACGGGAAUCGGCUUUUCUUCACGACCUCAAGCUCAACCGGCUCUGUUCGCCUUGGUACAUUUAUUUGGCCUCCUAGCCACUGUCUGAAAGGGAAUAACUCAUCAACCUCUUCACAUUUUUCAUCCUCCACCCGGCCUGCCUAUUCAUUCCCAGAGCCAGGAGCUGAGGCUGAUGCCGGCCUCUAUCUGGCCGACGAGAGUGAUGAAGAUGAUACAGAACCUAUUGAAGUUAAAACUGAUGAAGACUACCAUUAUCGCGAAGUGACACCUGGUGGUCAAUCAAAUGUAGAAAUUGAGCUAUGUGAACAAGAAGGAGUUUCGCUAUCAGCACUUCAAUGCUCCCCUAAACUUGCUAGCAGUUGCCAUCGGAGAUCUGGCAGAUCUGAACGCAGGCACCAGAAACUCCGUUUGUUGCCACAUUUCCUAGAGCUGCCCAACGCUUGGCGGGAUGCCACGGGCCCAGUCGCGAUGGCGACAACAGUACCCUCCACUGGUUUUCUGGAAUCGAUAGACUCUCUGCAUUCCACUGAGCCGGCACAUCUUUGGUUGGGCACUGUUGGAGGUGGAUAUUGCCAUUGCUUGGAUAUGCGUCAGCUCCGAUUUAUCACAAGGUGA